AUGCCGAAUAAAACAAAAAAAGAUAAGGAGUCUCCAAAGUCUGGUAAAGUGGGGAAGAGUGGAGGACAGGAUAAUUCAGAGCAUGAGCAGAGCUCAAACAGGAAAGCAAGCAAUAGCGUCCCUCCUACUACUCAGCUGCUAAAGGGGAAGCAGCCAGGUUCCCAAACACCUGUCAAAAAGGACAAGAGACAGAGUUCCUCUCGCUUCAGUCUGAGCAACAACAGGGAGCUCCAGAAACUGCCUGCGUUUAAAGACGUGCCCCCCGCAGAGCAGGAGAAGCUGUUCAUCCAGAAGCUGCGUCAGUGCUGCGUCCUCUUCGAUUUCGUCUCUGACCCGCUGAGCGACCUAAAAUGGAAGGAGGUGAAGCGAGCCGCGCUGAGCGAGAUGGUGGAGUACAUCACCCACAACCGGAACGUCAUCACCGAGCCCAUCUACCCAGAGGUGGUUCACAUGUUUGCUGUGAAUAUGUUUCGGACGUUGCCGCCAUCUUCCAAUCCUACUGGUGCAGAAUUUGACCCAGAGGAAGACGAGCCCACGCUAGAGGCCGCAUGGCCUCACCUACAGCUCGUCUAUGAAUUCUUCCUACGAUUCUUAGAGUCUCCCGACUUCCAGCCAAACAUAGCCAAAAAGUAUAUUGACCAGAAGUUUGUAAUGCAGCUCUUAGAACUGUUUGAUAGUGAAGACCCCAGGGAAAGAGACUUUUUAAAGACCACUCUGCAUCGCAUCUAUGGCAAGUUUUUGGGCCUGCGAGCGUACAUUAGGAAACAGAUUAAUAACAUAUUUUAUAGGUUCAUUUAUGAAACUGAGCAUCAUAACGGAAUAGCUGAAUUACUGGAAAUACUAGGCAGCAUAAUCAAUGGAUUUGCGUUACCGUUGAAAGAGGAGCACAAGAUAUUCCUGCUGAAAGUCCUGCUGCCUUUACACAAAGUCAAGUCUCUUAGCGUCUAUCACCCACAGCUGGCCUACUGUGUGGUACAGUUCUUAGAAAAGGACAGCACCCUGACAGAACCGACGGUGAUGGCUUUAUUAAAGUACUGGCCAAAGACCCACAGUCCCAAAGAGGUCAUGUUCCUCAACGAACUGGAGGAGAUUCUCGACGUCAUCGAGCCGUCCGAGUUUGUCAAAGUCAUGGAGCCACUCUUCAGACAGCUGGCCAAGUGUGUGUCCAGUCCACACUUCCAGGUGGCGGAGCGGGCUCUAUACUACUGGAACAACGAGUACAUCAUGAGCCUGAUCAGUGACAACGCCGCCAAGAUCCUGCCCAUCAUGUUUCCAGCGCUGUACCGCAACUCCAAGACCCACUGGAACAAGACAAUCCACGGGUUGAUCUACAACGCCCUGAAACUCUUCAUGGAGAUGAACCAGAAGCUGUUUGAUGACUGCACUCAACAGUUCAGGGCAGAGAAAAUCAAAGAGAAAGCCAAGUGGAAAGAGAGAGAAGAGGCCUGGCUGAAGAUUGAGAAUCUAGCAAAGUCCAACCCACAGUUUGUGACGUACGUUGACGCGAUAGAGUCAGGCAGUCCGAUGGACAUGGAGACAGACGGGCCGAUGCUGGACGAUGUCAACAUGCUAAAGAAAGCAGUAGAAGAAGAAGCCACACAGAUCCUGAAGGAUCAGCGCCGUGAACGUCCACUGAUGCGGAGGAAGUCCGAGCUCCCCAAAGACAUCUCCACCGUCACGGCCCUGGAGCUGCACCGAAGAGCCGAGGAGAUGAUCACGCACGACGGCCACUGAGAGACUCCCCCCGUCCGCCGUAAACCAGCAGCGUCCACAGAGGAGAACGCCCCCCCUUCCCCCCCGCCCUCCUGGACCCCCACCUCCACCCUGCACAACAACACAAGUCUGGUCUCCCGGUCCAGCCCAGCACAAGUCGCACCUGAGCGGCCGCAGCUCCACCCGACACAAGCCAAACAUCCAGCCCCUGAUUGGCUGCCCAGGACAGGUGGCGCUCGGCCCUUCCUCACCCCCCCUCCCUCCUCCUCCUCCUCCUCCUCCUCCUCCUCCUCCUCCUCCUCCUCCUCCUCCUCCUCCUCUCCUCCAGCAGAGACGUCUGCGGUGCCGGACAGUCCUGCAUGGCCAAGAAACGCACCAUUUCCUGAACUGCAGCCAAGAUACUCUCGUGUUGAUAUCUCCCUCCCCUCCCUUGUUUCUCCCCCCCCCUUCGUCCUCUCAACUUGUGUUUUCGGGGUGUUUUGCUGCCCCCUUCUGGUCAUUUUUCUCAGGUGUUCUGUUCGGUGUGUGAGCUGUCUUUUUCUUCUUGCCUCUUUUUUAUAGAUGUCAGGUGCUUGUCCGACUGAUACGAGCCCACAACUGUAAACCUCCACAGAGCACGUUUUUGUUGAGUUAAAAAAAAAAAAGAAAAAGAAAAAAGAAGCGUCAGCUGAUGAGAGAACGUCAGUUUCAGUGUAUUUAAAAUGAGCUAUUUUUCCUCAUGACAUUGAAACUCAACAGCUGUUUCUAUUUUCCCUACAUAGAAUAUUAGGAGCUCAUUUCAGAGUGAGAUUUAAAAAAGGAGGAAAAAAAAAAGGAACACUUCCUGUCUGUAUAACUGAUCUAUUGCUUGCUAUUAUUUCACUUCCCAUUAACUGUGAAGAUUUGUUGUGUUUAUCAGGACAGGGUCGCCCAUUUAUCUGGAUUAAAAGCAUAACAUUACAGCUGUGUCACACAGGGCCGGCCUGACUGAGGUCCAGGCUGCGGCUUUUUUCUUCUAACAUCUUUGUUCCCAUGUAGAAGCCGAGUUUGGUGCCAACGCUUAUUUAUUUAGUUUAAAAAGAAAAAAAAAAAAAACAGAGAAAAGAAAAGUUGGCACAGGCCGUGUGUCUGGUCGGGAUAAGUUCGCUUCAUGUUCAGAUCCGGUUUAUUAUUUUCUCCUGGAUGAGCCGAGCCCGGUUCCCUGCAGCCAGUUACACGAUAAGGGGGAUUGUGGGAUUUAUUUUUAGUUGCCCCUUCACAUCCAGCCAUUGUAGGCGUGUGUUUAACAUGGCCAUUAGCAUUCAGUACAUGUCAGUCAUUCAUGUGAGGCUUAAGAGAGGUGGGAGAGAUGCCGCCGCCGCCGCCGCCCGUCUGGGAUUUCCACCAGGCGUCAAGCAGGGACAGAAACUGUGCUGAUGGUGAUGGAUUUUUCUACUCUUCUGCAGCCAGUCCCUUUCAUUUUGAGAAACGCCCUGUAGAUCGCUUCACAGAGGAGGGAUGUUUGGUUAGAGCAGGUCAAACAGAAGCCUUUCUUUUCACAGUGCCUUUUGUAGUCUGAGGAGGGUUUAGAACUCAGCUGAGAACCGAGUAGCACGAACUAAAAAUGUCGGAUGAUUAUUAAAAAAAGAAAAAAAACGCUAUCAUCCUAGUUUCCAGAAGAAAUGGAAAGAGUUGUGUUUGAGUCUGUUCCGCUCGGACUGGAAGCUGCGGCCCAGAGAGCGGAGGCAGCGUGGACGCCCCCCCCCCCCCCCCCCCCCCCCCCCCCCCCAGAACCACUUCAGCAAAGAAGCACUUCCUGAUUAAACUUGAAAGAAAAGAGAAGAAACAAGCAGUCGAGAGUUGAAAUCCGUGAUGCUGUCUGUCUCCGGUGUGUGGGGCCGCCUCUCCACGGUGCCUGUCGCCUCCACUUCCCCCGCUCCUCUCUGGAUCUCUACCCCCCCCCCCCCCCCCCCCCCCAUUCAUUUAAAAAAAAACGAAAAACUCAAUUCAUUUUCUUUCAUCUGCUUCUGGAUGCUUGCAAGCUGUUGUUUUUUUUGUUUGUUUUUGUGUUUUCUCGAUUCCUCCUCCGCCUGCCGAAACCUCUCGUCAGUGUUUUUGACUGAAUGUGCAAACUGUAAAUAACAACUGCCGUCACAUCGUUUCCUUCUCUCCGUGUUUGUCUCGAAGAACAACAGUCGCCAGAGGCCCCCGUCACGGUGAACCCCCGCCCCGCGCCGCCCCCUCGGUGACCUUUAACCUCUCACUUGCUCGGCGGUGGCUGCCGUUCUUCUGGAAAUGGCUUUAAUAAUGGCUUCUUUGGAGCUCUCUUCAUUUCACGUAAAGCUUUUGUUUUCGUUUUCAUCGGAAAGAGUUAUUACAAGUGUCCUUUAGUAUAAGUCUCAUACUAAAUGGCUUCACCUAAUAUUGUACAUAUAAUGUACUUUUAUGUUAUAACUAUUAUUAAAUGGUAGAUUUCAUAUUUUGUACAAAAUAUCCGGUGUACAGAAUACAGAGGUUAUUAGCAGCUGCAGGCCGUUGGUAUCUGGCACAGAGUUCAACACAUGGAACUAUUUACAGUUAGA